AAGUUAUAAGGUUAGUCUUCUACACGUUUACUUCAUUUGAAUGUUAGUGCCACUCAUGAUGAUUUGUGUUUCUAAUUUAUAGUUUAUUUGUAGAAAGUUAAAGGAGAGUUGGUCUUCGUGUGGCUUUCACUGAUGUUCACUCUGGCAUCCUUUAGCAUUUUCAUUUUUAAUUUGAUAAUCGUAGGUCAUUAGCAUGCCUAUUCAGUUUGUCCUUACGUGGUGGGAGUUCAAACACACAAAGACCCACUAUUGGCACAAAACGAUUCUUGCUUGUUUGUAAUAGGCUGCCAUAGUUUUUUAUGUUAUUGCAGCAUGUAUAUUCAUUACAGAAUUCAGAUGCACUUUCCUCAUGUUCUGCUAUAAUAUUCGAUUGAAUCCUAGGUUACAGCGAGCUCUUAAUUAGCUCAAUAUGUGCUUUGCCCCGAUGUGCACACUGUGUAUUACUUUGUACGAUGCCACUACGAGUACUGACAUUUAGAGUUGUUGAAAGGCUGAGAACUGGAAACAGCCUUUCUUCCAUGUUCUGUGUAUUGCAAAUAGGAGUAAUAACAUUUUGGGGAGCGUUUAAAAUCUCACAGAAGAGGAAAGUGGCCUGCUCUGGCAGUCAUGUGCAGAAUAGAGUAGUUCAUUGGUUCCCGUGCCAAGAAUGAGUGCUGUGCUGUGGUAGUUCUUUUAGGGUCUUUCUGUGCUCUGGGCUCAUGAAGAUACUGCAUCAUGAGCUGCAGCAGCUGUGCUCUUUUUUACGACCUAAAAAGAGAUGAUUUCUGAGGAAUAAAAGGCUCCCAUCUUUGAUGGUGGAUGUGGAAAAUCUUUCCUAGCUUAGAGCAUUUAUAUCUAUAAUACAUUGUAAAGUCAGAGUUCAUGUUACCUGUUUUAAUCACCUGACUCCAAGUCUCAGUACACAAAAGGGCACUGGUUGGCAUUCUUCUUAAUGUAUUUAGUAAAGGUCAUGAGAAAUCCUUUAAGAUAAAGUGUCAUUUAUAUAUAUACAUAUAUAGAGAGAGAGAAAGAAAGAGAGAAAUGGAAAUUUGUAUCUUAGAAUGGAUAGCCACUAAAUAUUGAUGACUGGACCUGCGCUGCAGGUGCCGGGGCUUCGACCUUGCGGAGCCGGCGGCCAUCGAUCCUCAGAGCUUACUCACAUGGCAUUCUGGUAUAGCAACAUGAAAUGCAAGGAACCAAAAGUAACAUAAUUGAAGGCAGUAAACCAGAAAUUAAAUAGAAAGAUCAUCAGUCAAGGAAGACCUACUGGAAAGGUCUUGCUCUGUCACGCAGGCUGUGUUCAGUGGCACAAUCAGGGCUCCCUGCAGCCUUGACCUACCAGGCUCAAGCAGUCCUCCCACCUCAGCCUCUCAAGCGGCUGGAACCACCGGUGUGCAUCACCAUGCCCAGGGCUGGAAAAUAAAGGAAGCGGUGUUUUAUGUGUAUUCCAGCAGGUCUUCUUGAAAUUUAACUGAAAAUAUGACUGCUCUCUCUUCAGAGAACUGCUCUUUUCAGUACCAGUUACAUCAAACAAACCAGCCCCUAGAUGUUAACUGUCUGCUAUUCUUGAUCAUACUUGGGAAAAUAUUAUUAAAUAUUCUCACACUAGUAAUGAGAAGAAAAAACACCUGUCGAAAUUUUAUGGAAUAUUUUUGCAUUUCACUAGCAUUCGCUGAUCUUUUACUUUUGGUAAACAUUUCCAUUUUAUUGUAUUUCAGGGACUUCGUACUUUUAAGCAUUAGAUUUACUAAAUACCACAUCUGCCUGUUUACUGAAAUUAUUUCCUUAACUUAUGGCUUUUUGCAUUAUCCAGUUUUCCUGAUAGCUUGUAUAGAUUAUUGCCUGAAUUUCUCUAAAACAACCAAGCUUUCAUUUAAGUGGCAAAAGUUGUUUUAUUUCUUUACAGUAGUUUUAAUUUGGAUUUCAGUCCUUGCUUAUGUUUUGGGAGAUCCAGCCAUCUACCAAAGCCUGAAGCCACAGAAUGCUUAUUCUCAUCACUGUCCUUUCUAUGUCAGCAUUCAGAGUUACUGGGUAUCGUUUUUCAUGGUGGUGAUUUUAUGUGUAGCUUUCAUAACCGCUGGGGAAGAAGUAACUACUUUGGUACAGGCUGUUAAGAUAACUUCCUAUAUGAAUGAAACUAUCUUAUAUUUUCCUUUUUCAUCCCACUCCAGUUAUACUGUGGGAUAUAAAAAAGAAUUCUUAUCCAAAAAAAAAAAUAUUGAUGACUGAACAGUUAAUGUUUUGGGACACUUGGUAUAAUGCCUUGCACACAGAAAGAGACAACGGAUGAGAUUAUCCUUUUGUAUCAUUUCACAGUUUUAAAAAUUGC